AUGACAGCCGCCACCCUCACGCCACCCACUGCGGUUCCAGAGCCAUCAACGACGUCGGCUUCACGCACCACCACACAACGAGCGCCAUCUGUCAGGUCUUCUCAUGACCAAAAACGUGCUGCACGAGACUCGUCAUUGCAUCGCCAAGAAAGCCGACACAGCCAUCACAAUUCGAUUGACAAAAGCCAGGACCAUUCCAUGCACAGACGCCAAUCCGAGAGACGCAAAACCAUGCGAGUGGGCAAUUACGUGAUCAGCCGCAAGACGAUCGGUGCAGGAAGCAUGGGCAAAGUGAAACUGGCCGAGUGUAUUACCGACAGCGACCGACAACAGUAUGCCGUCAAGAUCAUGCCCAAAGUGAAUAUCACCAGUGCCAGUAGCAGCAGCGGCAGUAACGGCAAUGGCAAACCCAAGGAUCCCAAAGAUACACCAAAAGAACGAGAGCAGCGAACGAUACGUGAAAUGGCCAUGAUGCAUCUCCUGAGACAUCCCAACAUUUGUCAACUCAAGGAGUGGGUGACCGAGGGUGAUUAUUAUUACAUGUUUCUCGAGUAUGUGAACGGUGGUCAGCUGCUUGACUACAUCAUCAGCCACGGUAAACUUCGUGAGAAACAAGCUCGAAAGUUUGCCCGCCAAAUUGCAAGUGCUCUAGAUUACUGUCAUCGUAAUUCUAUUGUUCAUCGUGAUCUGAAAAUAGAAAAUAUUCUGAUCACGCGGGAUGAAGAUGUCAAAAUCAUUGACUUUGGCCUAUCCAAUAUUUACUCCCCGUCCAGGCUCCUCAGCACUUUUUGUGGUUCUCUUUAUUUCGCUGCCCCUGAGUUAUUACAAGCACGUCAUUAUACCGGGCCUGAAGUCGAUGUAUGGAGCUUUGGUGUGGUCCUUUAUGUCCUUGUUUGUGGUCGCGUCCCAUUCGAUGAUACAAGUUUACCAGCUCUGCAUGCAAAAAUCAAAGCGGGUCGGGUGGAUGGUUACCCUGAUCAUCUAAGCAAAGAUUGUGUUGAUCUUUUGACCCGUGUACUGGUGGUGGAUCCGAAACGACGUGCCACGCUAUCACAAGUAAUCAACCAUCCAUGGAUGAACAAAGGCUAUGAUGAUCCUGUCACCAACUACAUUCCUCAUCGACAAGCACUUGAAUCGAUCGAUAUGGAUGUUGUGGAAGGCAUGGGCGGCUUUGGAUUUGGUGAUCCGCGUGACAUUUAUGCACUCCUGGAGCACAUUAUCGCAAACUCCGAUUAUCAAAAGGCCGCUUCACGAGUAGACCAAAAUUAUCAGCAUCAGUUGCAUUACCAGCAACAACAAUCAUCCAAGCCUCGUUGGAGACGUAGCUUACGUUCACCAUCAACAAGAAGAAAUGCAUCAUCACAACAUCAACAACAACACGCUUUGGAUGAUCCACAAUCACUCCCAGCAAUGUAUGACCCCCUCGUAUCCAUUUAUUAUCUUGUCAAAGAAAAGAAGGAGUUUGAUCAAAGACAACAGCAGCUCAAGAAUCAACGACUGGCACCUGCAGCACAAUCAGUACCUAUUUUACGACGAUCCAAUAGCAGCUCAUUUUCAUCCAUGGGCGGUGGUGGUGGCUCAUCUCAUGUGGAUUCGGGUUUGACACGGCGGAAAACGGAUCGCAUCCCCAACACACCAAAAUUGAAUGACGACGAGAAUAGCAAUGGAAUGAUGCCCCGAUCAGGAAGCUUACACUUUCCAACAAGGUCACAAAGUACCCGUAUUGCUACCACAUCUUCAACCUUGCUAUCACGAAGUAAAAGUGCAGCUCGUCGCCUUGGCGCUAUUAUUCCCAGCAACAAUAACCAUCAACAACAACGAUCAUCUCUUGACGCCGACAAAGUACUUCCUCCUUUACCAACCACCAACACCAUCCCACCUCCUCAUCUUGAGACGGGAAAGACACCAACAUCCUCCUUGUCUACACCUCUCAAAAAAACCUUUCACCAGCUUGUGACCACUAGCACCACCACCACCACGACAACCACAACAACAGCCAAUAAGGAGAAUGACAAACAACAACAUCGUCCCUCCCCUUGGCGUAGAUUAUCUAUUGGACGUGGAGCAAAGCAACACAACCGUGCUUCCAUGGAAGCUGCCAGUGCUCACGAACCCAUGCCAACCAAUAAACCCAUUCCUAGCAGCGCGCGUUCUUCUGACAUUGCUGAUCCUACCAUUGACCCUUCUUCUGUGGCAGGACCUGCUAUGAGCACACAUCCAAAGAGUCUUUUCAACUUUAAUCGACGCCAUUUAUUUCGCAGUACGCCUCAAAAACUUUUGGAUGAUUUGAAUGAUCUCUUAUCGCUCAUGAGUAUCAAGACACAACAAUCCAUGCUGGAGCCUUAUGUGCUAUUCUGUGAAUGCGAUUAUCCCGAUUGGACACGAUUUCUAUCCAAAGCACCCACGGUGGAAAAUCCUACCUCGGACUCUACAACAACACCAUCCGGGCAAUCGAGCCGUAUUGAGUAUUCCGAUUUGGAAGAAGGCGAACCAUUACGCUUUACUGUCAUGAUUUAUCAGGCUCGAUGGGCUGGGGGUCGUCUUGGUGUCAAAGUCAAGGAGGCAGAAAUUGAUGAAGCCAUCCUCACAUCCCACACAAAAAUCUAUCGCAACUUGUACCACAUUAUCCUUUGCGAACUCGGCAAGAUGGCCAGUCGCUAG